GUGCAGUGUUUCCGGCUCUUCUCAGUUGCAGACGCUCGUAAGUUUUCGGCGGUUUCCGGGGAGACUCGGGGACUCCCCGUCUCGCUCGCUCUGUUCCGAUCGCCUGGUGCGGCGGGGCAGGGUCUGGGGCUAGUCAUGGCGUCCCCCUCGCGAAGGCUGCAGACGAAGCCCGUCAUUACUUGUUUCAAGAGCGUCCUCUUGAUCUACACGUUCAUCUUCUGGAUCACUGGUGUUAUCCUCCUUGUUGUUGGCAUUUGGGGGAAGGUGAGCCUGGAGAAUUAUUUCUCCCUUUUAAAUGAGAAGGCCACCAAUGUCCCCUUUGUGCUCAUUGGCACUGGCACUGUCAUCAUUCUUUUGGGCACAUUUGGCUGUUUUGCUACCUGCCGAGCUUCUGCAUGGAUGCUAAAACUGUAUGCAAUGUUUCUGACUCUCGUUUUCUUGGUGGAACUGGUCGCUGCCAUUGUAGGGUUUGUGUUCAGACAUGAGAUUAAGAACAGCUUCAAGAGUAAUUAUGAAAAUGCUUUAAAAUACUAUAAUGCUACAGGAGAUUAUAGAAGUGAUGCAGUAGACAAGAUCCAAAGUACGUUACAUUGUUGUGGUGUCACCAACUUUAAUGACUGGAAGGUUACUGGCUAUUACUCAGAAAAAGGAUUUCCUAAAAGCUGCUGUAAACUUGAAGAUUGUUCUCCACAGAAAGAUGAAGAUAAAGUAAACAGUGAAGGUUGUUUUAUAAAGGUGAUGACCAUUAUAGAGUCAGAAAUGGGAGUUGUUGCAGGAAUUUCUUUUGGAGUUGCUUGCUUCCAGCUGAUUGGAAUCUUUCUCGCCUACUGCCUCUCGCGCGCCAUAACGAAUAACCAGUAUGAAAUAGUAUGACCAGCAUAGCACAGACUUACUCCUCUCCAACUUUAAGGACAUUUACAUCCUCCCCCUCCCCCUGUGAACUGCAAUACUGCCUGGAUGGAAGACUGACUAACUCCUUACCAAUAGGCUGAAAAAUUACGAUAGUCUGAUUCAAUCAAGACAUUUAUUCAGUGUUAUAAGUCCACGUUUUGUCCCAUUCAUCUUAGAUCAUGGAAACACCCCAUAUCACUCUGAAACACUGGAAGAGCUAGUAAAUUGUAAAUGAAGCAAUACGGUGUUCCUCUUGACUUGUUUUUCUCAAUGUGGGGUGUUUGAAAGACCCUGUGAGUUUGUUAUUUUGAUGUAGUAUAUAAGAUAGAAGAUCGACCCCUUUGAAUUUACUGUUGAUGUAGUGUCAUAGGACAUGGACCGCUCUGAACUGCCCCCUUCUCAGCCAAGGUUAUCUGAUUUGAUUGUGUAAUUUGCAUCAAGAAGUUAAAAAGGUUUUAUUAGUCUCUGUUCUGUUGAUAGGUAGAGUCACAUUAUGUGAUGUUAAUCCAGCCUAGCUGGGUGACCCAUCAGCAUUGCCAACAUGGUGGUAAGGGUCUCUGACCUAAAGCCCCCAGGCUUAAACUGGCAUCCCAGUGUUCUGUGACAUCAGGUUGCAGAACACUCAACUGCAUUUCUUUGCUUCCAAAUUGAGGUGUUCGAUCUAUUUAUAUUGCCCCUGUUUGAAAGGUUCUAAUUAUUAUUUUAAUGGUGUCGGAAUUACUGUUAUUUUCCUUCGGGAUUUAAAGCAUCUCAUAUUCUUUAGUUUUACCUAGUAUUUCCUUACCAGGUUGAUAUGACCUUAUUGUCAAUAUUAUGGUCAACUUUAAUAGUCUUAGUUUUGGUGUGUGCCUUUGAUUAAACAAUAAAUACUGUUUUC